AUGAGUCUCUGUCAGAGCACCCAUGUCGAAGGUUUCGAUAUCAAAGAGCGGGUGCGAAGCUUGGACUUUGUCACUCGCCGAGAGGACUCGGAACCGCACAGCUUUGAGUCCUCGCGGGCCCAUCUGUAUUCCGGCAUAGAGAUCAUGCAAGAGAUCCUGUCCAUCAUUCAACGAGGGGAAAGCCUGAGACGCCAUCAAAGCACAAGUCCAUUUGAACUUCAUGCUAGCACUUUGAAUGCCAUGAUCAGCUCCACGCUCAACAGCAGCGGUCCGCGACCUGUCGAGCAGGAUAACACUGCAACUCCAUCCUCAUUCACCCCCACUUGGAUUCAGGCUAUUAUAGCUGCUCAGGAUGGUCAGUUGAGGCGCAGCGAAGAUGGCAAAUAUCUUUGCAGCGUCAAAGGUAGGCUAGUUGAAAUCUCUGAAACAGACAGUCAGCUCGUUCUUCACUUCAUUCACGAAACCUUACCUCGAGACCAAGAUGUGCAAAAGGAGAUAGAAACACAUUCGGCUAUUCUUGAAGAUUUGACUCAGUACGUCGGAUGCUUUGUGGAAGGUAUGCAGUCUCUGUGUCCUUUUGCCUACGCCACCUUUUAA